UCAUAGUGUGCGACUGACGUUCUUGAUUCAUCAUCCAACACACAUGAGCAACGUGGAUAUAUAAGCUGAGGCACACCUGCUUAACAAUAAGCGACUCUACUCCACCAACUGACCUCAGCCUGUCACCAAAGUUCAAGUUCCCGGAGUGACCUCACAGCAUGCUGCCCGGGAGAGCGGCUGAUGUCCGGCUCUGCGUCCUCACGAGCCGCUGGGUGCCCGCAGCUCUCGCGCUGCUCCUCGUCCUCUCCUCCAGCCUGAGCAGCGCUCACAGCACCACGGUGGAGCACGACUUUCACAUCGUUCACAAUGUCGACAACAGAAGUCCAGAGAUAGACCCAUUCUGGUACGUGGGACGUGGGGUCAGACCCAUCGGGCGCUUCGGUAAGAGGCACAGCAGCGUGAGCAGCGAAGGGCUGCAACCUGUCGUCAGGGUACUGGGUCUGCUUCUCAACAGCCUUAGAAACAAGGAGGACCUCAGAAACGUGCUGGAUGUUGAGGGGGGGGAUUGGUUACCAUGACAGCGUGUCCAAGUGUCUGCAUUUUUUCCCUCUUUUUUUUAUGAUUGAUGUUUUGUUCUAGCUCUUGACUGCAUUUCCCCAUGAUAGGACAUGAUCCUUGAUGAAAUCACUCUCCGAAUUUAUCUGUACAUAUAAAUGCAUUCUAUAUUGAUAAAUAAACCAG